AGUUUUUUUUUUAAAAAGAAAUUGAAAAUAAAAAAAAAAUCUGAAACAGCAAUGGCAUAAGUGCACCUGAGAAUUUAUCUCAAAACCCUAGCGAAAAUGUGUUCUCUACAACUCCAUUGUUGCAGAGCUCUGGCACUCGAUCGAUCGCGGCCUCCGCCGCAACGGAGGGGCUUGUCUUCUUCGAUCUGGGGGCGGCAACUUAGCUUGGUCGGUAGAACAGGAGAGAAGCUCCGGUGUCGUUUCAAUGGUGGGGGUUUUAGGGUUUUUGCUAUGUCGAAAGGUUCUUCUUCUUCUUUCAAGAUGAAUUUGAACGAGUAUAUGGUCACUCUUGAGAAGCCACUCGGUAUUCGAUUCGCGCUCUCCGUUGAUGGCAAAAUCUUCGUUCACGCUCUUAAGAAAGGGGGUAAUGCGGUGAGGUCGAGAAUAAUCAUGGUGGGUGACACCUUGAAGAAGGCGAGUGAUUCAUCUGGUGGAAAAUUAAUUGAGAUCAAGGACUUUGGAGAUAUUCAGAAGAUGCUGAAGGAGAAAGCAGGAUCUUUUAGCCUUGUUCUUGAGAGGCCAUUGUCACCUUUUCCAAUUCAACAAUUGGUUCUGUUGAAUGAUCUUGAUAUUUCAUUUAACAAAGGUAAAGUUCCUAUCGCUACAUGGAACAAGAGCAUAUUGGCAUCCAAUUUGCAACCAUCUUCUGAGAGCAGUGGAAAUUCUGGGUUUGUAACGUUCUCUUCUAAGUAUCUUAAAUCACAAGGAUGGAAAUUGCUGAACGAUCAAAAUGUACGUAUUCAAUCAAAAUUACAGAAGAAUACAUUGUCUCCACCCAUGAGCCCGCUAGUUUGUAUUUUCUCUGAAGAUGAACCUGGAGAUGGUGAAUGGGCUUACGGAAGUUUCCCAAUAGAGGAAUAUAUUAAGGCACUGGAUCGCUCUAAAGGCGAGCUAUACUAUAAUCACUCGCUUGGUAUGCGGUACAGCAAGAUCACAGAGCAGAUAUAUGUGGGAUCAUGUAUUCAGACAGAAGCUGAUGUAGAGACAAUGAAAAAUACAGCGGGAGUUACUGCAGUCCUAAAUUUCCAAAGUGGAAUUGAGGCAGAAAAUUGGGGAAUGGACCCAAAGGCGAUCAAUCAGUCAUGCCAAAAAUUUGGUAUCCUGAUGAUCAACUAUCCUAUAAGGGAUGGAGAUUCAUAUGAUAUGAGAAAGAAACUACCAUUUUGUGUAGGGCUCCUCCUACGAUUGUUAAAAAAGAAUCACCGUGUUUAUGUUACUUGUACAACUGGGUUUGAUCGAUCUCCGGCUUGUGUGAUAGCAUACCUGCACUGGAUGACUGAUACUUCCCUUCAUGCAGCCUAUAAUUUUGUGAUCGGGCUGCAUUCAUGCAAACCAGACAGACCGGCAAUUGCUUGGGCAACUUGGGAUCUCAUAGCUAUGGUGGAAAAAGGCAGACAUGAUGGACCCGCAACACAUGCUGUAACAUUUGUGUGGAAUGGGCAAGAGGGGGAGGAUGUAAAUUUAGUUGGAGAUUUCACUGGAAAUUGGAAAGAACCAGUUCCAGCACACCAUAAAGGUGGACCAAGAUUCGAAGUAGAAAUUAAACUUCAACAAGGAAAGUAUUACUACAAGUACAUAGUGAACGGGCAAUGGCGGCAUUCACCGUCAUCCCCGUCAGAGAGGGAUGAUAGUGGGAAUGUGAACAACGUGAUUGUGAUUGGUGAUACUGCCAGUGUGAGGCCUUCCGUUCAGCAGCAAAAGAAAGACGCAAACAUUGUGAAGGUGAUUGAGAGGCCAUUGACAGAGAAUGAGCGCUUCAUGCUGGCGAAAGCAGCUCGCUGUGUGGCAUUCUCUGUAUGUCCAAUUAGACUAUCUCCCAAGUAGGUGGCCAUGAGACUAUUCCUGGCUCUACAACAAAUGGGUCUCGAGGCUUAAUUGAUUUCUUUUAGCAUUUAGCCAUGUUCCUUCUGGCUUCUGCAAAUAGAGGUUUACACGGAACAAUAAUUUUGUUACAAUAAAAGAAUAAGCUUUUUGUUAGAUGGUCAAUUCAAAAUUUUCCUUUUUAAAUGCUAAAUGAGGAAUAAAUUUUGCUGGUCACUCAAAAACAGUUAAGCUAGUGUAUAGAUGUUUGAUUUGGUCGUUUGUUAUUUAUAGUACGUCCUUGGAAUUAUUUAAGCUAUCUUAUGAUUACAUUUAGUCAUAAUUCACAAGCUUUUCAAGAA